CUCUCUUUUUUUGUUUCUCCUCUUCAGACAGGCAGAAUUGACAAGUCCUACCCGACGGUGUGUGGCCACACGGGACCCGUGCUGGACAUAGACUGGUGUCCUCAUAAUGACCAGGUCAUCGCCAGUGGCUCCGAGGACUGCACCGUCAUGGUGUGGCAGAUUCCCGAGAACGGCCUCACCCUGUCGCUGACGGAGCCGGUGGUGGUGUUGGAAGGCCAUUCCAAGAGAGUGGGCAUCGUGGCCUGGCAUCCGACGGCACGCAACGUGCUGCUCAGCGCAGGCUGUGAUAACGCAAUCAUCAUCUGGAACGUGGGGACAGGUGAGGCCCUCAUCAACUUGGACGACAUGCACGUGGAUAUGAUUUACAACGUGAGCUGGAAUCGCAACGGCAGCCUCAUCUGCACAGCUUCCAAAGACAAAAAAGUUCGAGUGAUUGACCCCAGGAAACAAGAAAUUGUUGCCGAAAAAGAGAAAACCCACGAGGGAGCCCGGCCCAUGCGAGCCAUCUUCCUCGCUGAUGGGAACAUCUUCACGACCGGCUUCAGCCGCAUGAGCGAACGGCAACUCGCCCUUUGGAACCCGAAAAACAUGGAAGACCCAAUAGCCCUUCACGAGAUGGACACCAGCAAUGGGGUCUUGCUGCCUUUCUACGAUCCAGAUACCAACAUUAUUUACUUGUGUGGCAAGGGCGACCGCAGCAUCCGCUACUUCGAGAUCACGGACGAGUCCCCUUACGUUCACUACCUCAAUACCUUCAGCAGCAAAGAGCCGCAGAGGGGCAUGGGGUUCAUGCCAAAGAGGGGCCUCGACGUGAACAAGUGCGAGAUCGCCAGGUUCUUCAAGCUUCACGAGAGGAAAUGUGAGCCCAUCAUCAUGACGGUUCCUCGAAAGUCGGACCUCUUCCAGGAUGACCUGUACCCCGAUACUGCCGGCCCAGAAGCGGCUCUGGAAGCAGAGGAGUGGUUUGAAGGGAAGAACGCCGAUCCUCUUCUCAUCUCCUUGAAGCACGGCUACAUCCCGGGCAAGAACAGGGAUCUCAAGGUGGUCAAGAAGAACAUACUGGACAACAAGCCUGCCGCCAACAAGAAAAGUGAUCUCAUCAACGCUCCAAAGAAAGCAGCCGAUGCCUCAAACACUCAAAACGACGCCAAGCUGGACGAGAUUUUGAAAGAGCUGAAAUCUAUAAAAGACACGAUCACCAACCAAGACGAGCGCAUUGCCAAGCUGGAGCAGCAGAUGGCCAAGAUCGGGGACUGA